UAUAUAUGUUAUUAAUAUUUAAAUAAAAAAUUCAUAUCAUUCUAUGGAACUAAAUAAAUUAAUUGUGUGGAUAUCUAGUUCUACACGCCAAACACGUGCUAUAAAAAAUCCAAAAUGAAGUUAUUCUAUCUCAUGGAAAAAGAAGAAGAAAGAAGAGUAAGUUGACAUUUCUUUAUUGCUCAAUAACUAACUGAGAUAAUAAUAAUACUACAAUAAGUGUGUAAUUUUCAAAGUAGUAGGAGUAAAUGGAAUCACCAUUGCUCGAUGACUAUUCCGGCGACCACCACUUCCAGCUCAUCGGCCCCGACGGUGACUACCGGCCGAUUAGAGGGCUGAAGGAAUGGUGGGCUGUAUUCUGGAUCGAGAGUGCAAAGCUAUGGGAGAUUGGUGGCCCAAUAGCUUUCAACAUUAUCUGCCAGUACGGACUCUACGCAAUUACUGUUGCUUUCUGUGGUCAUCUUGGAGCUACAGAGCUUUCUGCUGUUUCUGUUGCUCAAACUGUCAUUGGUAUUUUCGCUUUCGGCUUCAUGAUAGGCAUGGGGAGUGCUCUGGAGACGCUCUGUGGGCAGGCAUUUGGUGCUGGGCAAGUACACAUGCUUGGAGUUUACACACAACGCUCAAUGAUAAUUCUACUUCUGAGUACCUUCCUUCUCUUACCAAUCUAUAUUUUCGCGACUCCAAUACUUAAGCUCCUUGGCCAAGAUCAUGAGAUUGCUGUUGUUGCGGGGAGGUUUGCCAUGUUAACCAUACCUGAGUUGUAUUCCCUGUCUAUCAAUAUUCCCACUUCAAAAUUUCUGCAAGCCCAGAGUAAAGUUGGUGUGCUGGCCUGGAUUGGUUUUGUGGCUCUCUUGGUCCAUGCUCUUCUCCUAUGGCUCUUUAUUUUUGUAUUUAAAUGGGGUUUAACCGGGGCAGCUAUAUCCUUUAAUCUCGUAGGUUGGGCCAAUGCAAUAGCUCAAUUUGUUUACGUAGUUGUUUGGUGCAAGGAUGGGUGGAAGGGAUGGUCUCGGUCAGCAUUCAAUGACAUAUGGGCUUUUGUUAGACUGUCAAUUGAGUCGGCUGUUAUGCUAUGCCUUGAAACCUGGUACAUGAUGAGUAUUAUUAUUCUCACCGGCCAUCUCAAAGAUGCAGUCAUUGCAGUUGGAUCCCUCUCUAUUUGCAUAAAUAUUGAUGGAUUUGAAGCAAUGUUUUUCAUAGGAGUAAAUGCUGCUAUAAGUGUUCGUGUCUCAAAUGAGCUUGGGCUAGGACGUGCCAGGGCAACCAAGUAUAGCGUCUGUGUCACAGUGUUUCAGUCGCUUCUCAUUGGGAUAGUAUGCAUGAUUGUAGUAUUGGCAAUAAGAAAUCAUCUGGCCAUUCUUUUCACAAACAGCAAGGUUCUGCAACGUGCCGUAGCUGACCUUGCUUGGCUUCUAGGAAUAACAAUGCUUCUUAACAGCGUUCAGCCUGUGAUAUCAGGUGUUGCUAUUGGAGGUGGAUGGCAAGGUCUAGUGGCUUAUAUCAAUUUAGGCUCUUACUAUGUUUUUGGUAUUCCUCUAGGAUACGUUCUUGGCUAUGUGGCGAACUUCGGAGUUAUGGGACUAUGGGGAGGAAUGAUAGCUGGACUUGCUUUGCAAACACUGCUACUCUCAGUAGUACUGUAUAGAAUUGAUUGGAAUAAAGAGGUUGAGCAGACGACAGAGCGCAUGCGGAAAUGGGGAGGUCAACACAUUGAAACGGAGAAAACUGCUAGUCCCCAUUCUCCAAAGGGCUUAAGAGCUAAGAUUUACGCGUGAUACAACUGAAUGAAGAAUUAUCUUCUUGUUACUUUUUGUUUAGUAGUGUAUGAUUUAGGACGGAGCCUACACUUUAAAUAUGAGUCAUUGGCAAUUUUGUUCCUUCUA